GCACUGUAUUCUUCCCGCCUCCCACAAGAUGGCGGAGGGCAAGUAGCAAAGGGGCGGGGUGUGGCCGCCGGAAGCCCGGCCGCUGCUGGUGGGGACCUGCGGGCUAAGGCCCGUGAGCAGCGGACCGAGGUUGGUGCGAUGUUGUUCCCGGGAAGCGUGGUUGGCUGUUGGUAAGGAAGGUGAGGCACGCAGUUGCCUUCGUGGGCCCUCGGCGCCCCCUAUGUACGCCUCCCUGGGCUUGGGUCCGGUCGCUGCUUUGCCCGCUUCUGUACCACCGUCAACUCUCGGGUCCUGGAGCACCGGCGGCGGCGGGAGCUGUGUCUGGCAGGAGGGGAAGAGCACAGGCGGCGCUCGUACUUCUGGCCACUGGGCGAGCGUCUGGCAGGUCCAAGGGUAGCCAAGGAUGGCUGCAGCUUCAUAUGAUCAGUUGUUAAAGCAAGUUGAGGCACUGAAGAUGGAGAACUCAAAUCUUCGACAAGAGCUAGAAGAUAAUUCCAAUCAUCUUACAAAACUGGAAACUGAGGCAUCUAAUAUGAAGGAAGUACUUAAACAACUACAAGGAAGUAUUGAAGAUGAAACUAUGACUUCUUCUGGACAGAUUGAUUUAUUAGAGCGUCUUAAAGAGCUUAACUUAGAUAGCAGUAAUUUCCCUGGAGUAAAACUACGGUCAAAAAUGUCCCUUCGUUCUUAUGGAAGCCGGGAAGGAUCUGUAUCAAGCCGUUCAGGAGAGUGCAGUCCCGUUCCUAUGGGUUCAUUUCCAAGAAGAGGGUUUGUAAACGGAAGCAGAGAAAGUACUGGAUAUUUAGAAGAACUUGAGAAAGAGAGGUCAUUGCUUCUUGCUGAUCUUGAUAAAGAAGAAAAGGAAAAAGACUGGUAUUAUGCUCAACUUCAGAAUCUCACUAAAAGAAUAGAUAGUCUUCCUUUAACUGAAAAUUUUUCCUUACAAACAGAUAUGACCAGAAGGCAAUUAGAAUAUGAAGCGAGGCAAAUCAGAGUUGCAAUGGAAGAGCAACUAGGCACUUGCCAAGAUAUGGAAAAACGAGCACAGCGAAGAAUAGCCAGAAUUCAGCAAAUCGAGAAAGACAUACUUCGUAUAAGACAGCUUUUACAGUCCCAAGCAACAGAAGCAGAGAGGUCAUCUCAGAACAAGCAUGAAACUGGCUCACAUGAAGCUGAGCGGCAGAAUGAAGGUCAAGGAGUGGCAGAAAUCAGCAUGGCAACUUCUGGUAAUGGUCAGGGUUCAACUACACGAAUGGACCACGAAACAGCCAGUGUUUUGAGUUCUAGUAGCACGCACUCUGCACCUCGAAGGCUGACAAGUCAUCUGGGAACCAAGGUGGAAAUGGUGUAUUCAUUGUUGUCAAUGCUUGGUACUCAUGAUAAGGAUGAUAUGUCGCGAACUUUGCUAGCUAUGUCUAGCUCCCAAGACAGCUGUAUAUCCAUGCGACAGUCUGGAUGUCUUCCUCUCCUCAUCCAGCUUUUACAUGGCAAUGACAAAGACUCUGUAUUGUUGGGAAAUUCCCGGGGCAGUAAAGAGGCUCGGGCCAGGGCCAGUGCAGCUCUCCACAACAUCAUUCACUCACAGCCUGAUGACAAGAGAGGCAGGCGUGAAAUCCGAGUCCUUCAUCUUUUGGAACAGAUACGCGCUUACUGUGAAACCUGUUGGGAGUGGCAGGAAGCCCAUGAACAAGGCAUGGACCAGGACAAAAAUCCAAUGCCAGCUCCUGUUGAACAUCAGAUCUGUCCUGCUGUGUGUGUUCUAAUGAAACUUUCAUUUGACGAAGAGCAUAGACAUGCAAUGAAUGAACUAGGGGGACUACAGGCCAUUGCAGAGUUAUUGCAAGUGGACUGUGAAAUGUAUGGGCUUACUAAUGACCACUACAGUAUUACACUAAGACGAUAUGCUGGAAUGGCUUUGACAAACUUGACUUUCGGAGAUGUAGCCAACAAGGCUACGCUAUGCUCUAUGAAAGGCUGCAUGAGAGCACUUGUGGCCCAACUAAAAUCUGAAAGUGAAGACUUACAGCAGGUUAUUGCAAGUGUUUUGAGGAAUUUGUCUUGGCGAGCAGAUGUAAAUAGUAAAAAGACAUUGCGGGAAGUUGGAAGUGUGAAAGCAUUGAUGGAAUGUGCUUUGGAAGUUAAAAAGGAAUCAACCCUCAAAAGCGUACUGAGUGCCUUAUGGAAUUUGUCAGCACAUUGCACUGAGAAUAAAGCUGACAUAUGUGCCGUAGAUGGUGCACUUGCAUUUUUGGUUGGCACUCUUACUUACCGGAGCCAGACAAACACUUUAGCCAUUAUUGAAAGUGGAGGUGGGAUAUUACGGAAUGUGUCCAGCUUGAUAGCUACAAAUGAGGACCACAGGCAAAUCCUAAGAGAGAACAACUGUCUACAGACUUUAUUACAACACUUAAAAUCUCAUAGUUUGACAAUAGUCAGUAAUGCAUGUGGAACUUUGUGGAAUCUCUCAGCAAGAAAUCCUAAAGACCAGGAAGCAUUAUGGGACAUGGGGGCAGUUAGCAUGCUCAAGAACCUCAUUCAUUCAAAGCACAAAAUGAUUGCUAUGGGAAGUGCUGCAGCUUUAAGGAAUCUCAUGGCAAAUAGGCCUGCAAAGUAUAAAGAUGCCAAUAUUAUGUCUCCUGGUUCAAGCUUGCCAUCUCUUCAUGUCAGGAAACAGAAAGCCCUAGAAGCAGAAUUAGAUGCUCAGCAUUUAUCAGAAACUUUUGACAAUAUAGACAAUUUAAGUCCCAAGGCAUCUCAUCGCAGUAAGCAGAGACACAAGCAAAGUCUCUAUGGUGAUUAUGUUUUUGACACCAAUCGACAUGAUGAUAAUAGGUCAGAAAAUUUUAAUACUGGCAACAUGACUGUCCUUUCACCAUAUUUGAAUACUACAGUGUUACCCAGUUCCUCUUCAUCAAGAGGAAGCUUAGAUAGUUCUCGUUCUGAAAAAGAUAGAAGUUUGGAGAGAGAACGAGGAGUUGGCCUAGGCAACUACCAUCCAGCAACAGAAAAUCCAGGAACCUCUUCAAAGCGAGGUUUGCAGAUCUCCACCACUGCAGCCCAGAUUGCCAAAGUCAUGGAAGAGGUGUCAGCCAUUCAUACCUCUCAAGAAGACAGAAGUUCUGGGUCUACCACUGAAUUACAUUGUGUGACAGAUGAGAGAAAUGCACUUAGAAGAAAUUCUACUGCCCAUACACAUUCAAACACUUACAAUUUCACCAAGUCAGAAAAUUCAAACAGGACAUGUUCUAUGCCUUAUGCCAAAUUAGAAUACAAGAGAUCUUCGAAUGAUAGUUUAAAUAGUGUCAGUAGUAGUGAUGGUUAUGGUAAAAGAGGUCAAAUGAAACCCUCAAUUGAAUCCUAUUCUGAAGAUGAUGAAAGUAAGUUUUGCAGUUAUGGUCAAUACCCAGCUGACCUAGCCCAUAAAAUACAUAGUGCAAAUCAUAUGGAUGAUAAUGAUGGAGAACUAGAUACACCAAUAAAUUACAGUCUGAAAUAUUCAGAUGAGCAGUUGAACUCUGGAAGGCAAAGUCCUUCACAGAAUGAAAGAUGGGCAAGACCCAAACACAUAAUAGAAGAUGAAAUGAAACAAAGUGAGCAAAGACAAUCAAGGAGUCAAAGUACAACUUAUCCUGUGUAUACUGAGACCACUGAUGAUAAACACCUCAAGUUCCAACCACAUUUUGGACAGCAGGAAUGUGUUUCCCCAUACAGGUCACGGGGAGCCAAUGGUUCAGAAACAAAUCGAGUAGGUUCUAAUCAUGGGAUUAAUCAAAAUGUAAGCCAGUCUUUGUGUCAAGAAGAUGACUAUGAAGAUGAUAAGCCAACCAACUAUAGUGAACGUUACUCUGAGGAAGAACAGCAUGAAGAAGAAGAGAGACCAACAAAUUAUAGCAUAAAAUAUAAUGAAGAGAAACAUCUUGUGGAUCAGCCUAUUGAUUAUAGUUUAAAAUAUUCUACAGAUAUUCCUUCAUCACAGAAACAGUCAUUUUCAUUCUCAAAGAGUUCAUCUGGCCAGAGCACUAAAACUGAACACAUCUCUUCAAGCAGUGAGAAUACAUCCACACCUUCAUCUACUGCCAAGAGGCAGAAUCAGCUUCAUCCAAGUUCUGCACAGAACAGAAGUGGUCAGACUCAAAAGGCUGCCACUUGCAAAGUUUCUUCUAUUAACCAAGAAACAAUACAGACUUACUGUGUAGAAGAUACCCCAAUAUGUUUUUCAAGAUGUAGUUCAUUAUCAUCUUUGUCAUCAGCUGAAGAUGAAAUAGGAUGUGAUCAGACGACACAGGAAGCAGAUUCUGCUAAUACUCUGCAAAUAGCAGAAAUAAAAGAAAAUAAUGGAACUAGGUCAACUGAAGAUCCUGUGAGCGAAGUUCCAGCAGUGUCGCAGCACACUAGAACCAAAUCCAGCAGACUGCAGGGUUCUAGUUUAUCUUCAGAAUCGACCAGACACAAAGCUGUUGAAUUUUCUUCAGGAGCAAAAUCCCCCUCCAAAAGUGGUGCUCAGACACCCAAAAGUCCUCCUGAACACUAUGUGCAGGAGACUCCACUCAUGUUUAGCAGAUGUACUUCUGUCAGUUCACUUGAUAGUUUCGAGAGUCGUUCAAUUGCUAGUUCUGUUCAGAGUGAACCAUGCAGUGGAAUGGUAAGUGGCAUUAUAAGCCCCAGUGAUCUCCCAGAUAGCCCUGGACAAACCAUGCCACCAAGCAGAAGUAAAACCCCUCCACCUCCUCCCCAAACAGCUCAGACCAAGCGAGAAGUACCUAAAAGUAAAGCACCUAGUGCUGAAAAGAGAGAGAGUGGACCUAAGCAAGCUGCAGUAAACGCUGCAGUUCAGAGGGUCCAGGUUCUUCCAGAUGCUGAUACUUUAUUACAUUUUGCCACGGAAAGUACUCCAGAUGGAUUUUCUUGUUCAUCUAGCCUGAGUGCUCUGAGCCUCGAUGAGCCAUUUAUACAGAAAGAUGUGGAAUUAAGAAUAAUGCCUCCCGUUCAGGAAAAUGACAAUGGGAAUGAAACAGAAUCAGAGCAGCCUAAAGAAUCAAAUGAAAACCAGGAGAAAGAGGUAGAAAAAACUGUUGAUUCUGAAAAGGACCUAUUAGAUGAUUCAGAUGAUGAUGAUAUUGAAAUACUAGAAGAAUGUAUUAUUUCUGCUAUGCCGACAAAGUCAUCACAUAAAGCAAAAAAGCCAGCCCAGACUGCUUCAAAAUUACCUCCACCUGUGGCAAGGAAACCAAGUCAGCUGCCUGUGUACAAACUUCUACCAUCACAAAACAGGUUGCAACCCCAAAAGCAUGUUAGUUUUACACCGGGAGAUGAUAUGCCACGUGUAUAUUGUGUAGAAGGGACACCUAUAAACUUUUCCACAGCUACAUCUUUAAGUGAUCUAACAAUAGAAUCCCCUCCAAAUGAGUUAGCUGCUGGAGAAGGAGUUAGAGCAGGGGCACAGUCAGGUGAAUUUGAAAAACGAGAUACCAUUCCUACAGAAGGCAGAAGUACAGAGGAGGCUCAAGGAGGAAAAAACUCAUCUGUAACCAUACCUGAAUUGGAUGACAAUAAAGCAGAAGAAGGUGAUAUUCUUGCAGAAUGCAUUAAUUCCGCUAUGCCCAAAGGGAAAAGUCACAAGCCUUUCCGUGUGAAGAAGAUAAUGGACCAGGUCCAGCAAGCAUCUGCGUCUUCAUCUGCAACCAACAAAAAUCAGUUAGAUGGUAAGAAAAAGAAACCUACUUCACCAGUAAAACCUAUACCACAAAAUACUGAAUAUAGGACACGUGUAAGAAAAAAUGUAGACUCAAAAAAUAAUUUAAAUGCUGAGAGAGCUUUCUCAGACAACAAAGAUUCAAAGAAACAGAACUUGAAAAAUAAUUCCAAGGACUUCAAUGAUAAGCUCCCUAAUAAUGAAGAUAGAGUCAGAGGAAGUUUUGCUUUUGAUUCACCUCAUCAUUAUACACCUAUUGAAGGAACUCCUUACUGUUUUUCACGAAAUGAUUCUUUGAGUUCCCUAGAUUUUGAUGAUGAUGAUGUUGACCUUUCCAGAGAAAAGGCUGAAUUAAGAAAGGGGAAAGAAAAUAAGGAAUCAGAAGCUAAAGUUACCAGCCACACAGAACUAACCUCCAACCAACAAUCAGCUAAUAAGACACAAGCUAUUACAAAGCAGCCAAUAAAUCGAGGUCAGCCAAAACCCGUACUGCAGAAACAAUCCACUUUUCCCCAGUCAUCCAAAGAUAUACCAGACAGAGGGGCAGCAACUGAUGAAAAAUUACAGAAUUUUGCUAUUGAAAAUACUCCAGUUUGCUUUUCUCAUAAUUCCUCUCUGAGUUCUCUCAGUGACAUUGACCAAGAAAACAACAACAAUAAAGAAAAUGAACCUAUCAAAGGGACUGAGCCCCCUGACUCACAGGGAGAACCAAGUAAACCUCAAGCAUCAGGCUAUGCUCCUAAAUCGUUUCAUGUUGAAGAUACCCCCGUUUGUUUCUCAAGAAACAGUUCUCUCAGUUCUCUUAGUAUUGAUUCUGAAGAUGACCUGCUGCAGGAAUGUAUAAGUUCCGCGAUGCCAAAAAAGAAAAAGCCUUCAAGACUCAAGGGUGAUAAUGAAAAACAUAGCCCCAGAAAUAUGGGUGGCAUAUUAGCUGAAGAUCUGACACUUGAUUUGAAAGAUAUACAGAGACCAGAUUCAGAACAUGGUUUAUCCCCUGAUUCAGAAAAUUUUGAUUGGAAAGCUAUUCAGGAAGGUGCAAAUUCCAUAGUGAGUAGUUUACAUCAAGCUGCUGCUGCUGCCUGUUUAUCUAGACAAGCUUCAUCUGAUUCCGAUUCCAUCCUUUCCUUGAAAUCAGGAAUCUCUCUGGGGUCACCAUUUCAUCUUACACCUGAUCAAGAAGAAAAACCCUUUACAAGUAAUAAAGGCCCACGAAUUCUAAAACCAGGGGAGAAAAGUACCUUGGAAACUAAAAAGAUAGAAUCUGAAAGUAAAGGAAUCAAAGGAGGAAAAAAAGUUUAUAGAAGUUUGAUUACUGGAAAGGUUCGAUCUAAUUCAGAAAUUUCAGGCCAAAUGAAACAGCCUCUUCAAGCAAACAUGCCUUCAAUCUCUCGAGGCAGGACAAUGAUUCAUAUUCCAGGAGUUCGAAAUAGCUCCUCAAGUACAAGUCCUGUUUCUAAAAAAGGCCCCCCACUUAAGACCCAAGCCUCCAAAAGCCCUAGUGAAGGUCAGACAGCCACCACUUCUCCUAGAGGAGCCAAGCCAUCUGUGAAAUCAGAAUUAAGCCCUGUUGCCAGGCAGACAUCCCAAAUAGGUGGGUCAAGUAAAGCGCCUUCUAGAUCAGGAUCUAGAGAUUCGACCCCGUCAAGACCAGCCCAGCAACCAUUAAGUAGACCUAUACAGUCUCCUGGGCGAAACUCUAUUUCCCCUGGUAGAAAUGGAAUAAGUCCUCCUAACAAAUUAUCUCAGCUUCCAAGGACAUCUUCCCCCAGUACUGCUUCAACUAAGUCCUCAGGUUCUGGAAAAAUGUCGUAUACAUCUCCAGGCAGACAGAUGAGCCAACAGAACCUUACCAAACAAACAGGUUUAUCCAAGAAUGCCAGUAGUAUUCCAAGAAGUGAGUCUGCCUCCAAAGGACUAAAUCAGAUGAAUAAUGGCAAUGGAGCCAAUAAAAAGGUAGAACUUUCUAGAAUGUCUUCAACUAAAUCAAGUGGAAGUGAAUCUGAUAGAUCAGAAAGACCUGUAUUAGUACGCCAGUCAACUUUCAUCAAAGAAGCUCCAAGCCCAACCUUACGAAGAAAAUUGGAGGAAUCUGCUUCAUUUGAAUCUCUUUCUCCAUCGUCUAGACCAGCUUCUCCCACUAGGUCCCAGGCACAAACUCCAGUUUUAAGUCCUUCCCUUCCUGAUAUGUCUCUAUCCACACAUUCAUCUGUUCAGCCUGGUGGAUGGCGAAAACUCCCACCUAAUCUCAGCCCCACUAUAGAGUAUAAUGAUGGAAGACCAGCAAAGCGGCAUGAUAUUGCACGGUCUCAUUCUGAAAGUCCUUCUAGACUGCCAAUCAAUAGGUCAGGAACCUGGAAACGUGAGCACAGCAAACAUUCAUCAUCCCUUCCCCGAGUAAGCACUUGGAGAAGAACUGGAAGUUCAUCUUCAAUUCUUUCUGCUUCAUCAGAAUCCAGUGAAAAAGCAAAAAGUGAGGAUGAAAAACAUGUGAACUCUAUUUCAGGAACCAAACAAAAUAAAGAAAACCAAGUAUCCGCAAAGGGAACAUGGAGAAAAAUAAAAGAAAAUGAAAUUUCUCCCACAAAUAGUACUUCUCAGACUGUUUCCUCAGGUGCUACCAAUGGUGCUGAAUCAAAGACCCUAAUUUAUCAAAUGGCACCUGCUGUUUCUAAAACAGAGGAUGUUUGGGUGAGAAUUGAGGACUGUCCCAUUAACAACCCUAGAUCUGGUAGAUCUCCCACAGGUAAUACUCCCCCAGUGAUUGACAGUGUUUCAGAAAAGGGAAAUCCAAACAUUAAAGAUGCAAAAGAUAAUCAGGCAAAACAAAAUGUGGGUAAUGGCAGUGUUCCCAUGCGUACCGUGGGUUUGGAAAAUCGCCUGAACUCCUUCAUUCAGGUAGAUGCCCCUGACCAAAAAGGAACUGAGACAAAACCAGGACAAAAUAAUCCUGUCCCUGCAUCAGAGACUAAUGAAAGUUCUAUAGUGGAACGUACCCCAUUUAGUUCUAGCAGCUCAAGCAAACACAGUUCACCUAGUGGGACUGUUGCUGCCAGAGUGACUCCUUUUAAUUACAACCCAAGCCCCAGGAAAAGCAGUGCAGAUAGCACUUCAGCCCGGCCAUCUCAGAUCCCAACUCCAGUGAAUAACACAAAGAAGCGAGAUUCAAAAACUGACAGCACAGAUUCCAGUGGAACCCAAAGUCCUAAGCGCCAUUCUGGGUCUUACCUUGUGACAUCUGUUUAAAAGAGCUGGAAGAAUGAAACUAAGAUAAUUAUAUGUUAAUUACAACUGCUAUAUAGAUAUUUUGUUUCAAAUGAAACUUUAAAAGACUAAACAAUUUUGUAAAUAGGUUGGAUUCUUGUUAGAGGGUUUUUGUUCUGGAAGCCAUAUUUGAUAGUAUACUUUGUCUUCACUGGUCUUAUUUUGGGAAGCACUCUUGAUGGUUAGGAAAAAAAAUAGUAAAGCCAAGUAUGUUUGUACAGUAUGUUUUACAUAUGUUUAAGUAGCAUCCCAUCCCAAUUUCCUUUAAUUAUUGCUUGUCUUAAUGAACACUACAGAUAGAAAAUAUGAUAUAUUGCUGUUAUCAAUCAUUUCUAGAUUAUAAACUGACUAAACUUACAUCAGGGAAAAAUUGGUAUUUAUGCAAAAAAAGAAAAUGUUUUUGUCUUUGUGAGUCCAUCUAACAUCAUAAUUAAUCAUGUGGCUGUGAAAUUCACAGUAAUAUGGUUCCCAAUGAACAAGUUUACCCAGCCUGCUUUGCUUUACUGCAUGAAUGAAACCGAUGGUUCAAUUUCAGAGGUAAUGAUUAACAGUUACGUGGUCACAUGAUGUGCAUAGAGAUAGCUACAGUGUAAUAAUUUACACUAUUUUGUGCUCAAAAGAAAACAAAAAUCUGUGUAACUGUACAACAUUGAAUGAAACUAUUUUACCUGAACUAGAUUUUAUCUGAAAGUAGGUAGAAUUUUUGCUAUGCUGUAAUUUGUUGUAUAUUCUGGUAUUUGAGGUGAGAUGGCUGCUCUUUUAUUAAUGAGACAUGAAUUGUGUCUCAACAGAAACUAAAUGAACAUUUCAGAAUAAAUUAUUGCUGUAUGUAAACUAUUACUGAAAUUGGUAUUUGUUUGAAGGGUCUUGUUUCACAUUUGUAUUAAUAAUUGUUAAAAAGGCCUCUUUUAAAGCUUAUAUAAUUUUUUUCUUCAGAUUCUAUGCAUUAAGAGUAAAAUUCCUCUUACUGUAAUAAAAAUAAUUGAAAAAGACUAUUGCCACUUAACCACUCCAUGCAUUGGCACUUAGCCAUUCCUGAAAUUUCUUUUAUGUAAUUAGCUCUUCUUAAUUUUUAAUAUUUUUCCACUUAAACUUUUUUUUUCUUAUUCUACUGGAGCUCAGUAAAAAUAAAUUCAUUAUAAUAGCAAUGUAAACAGCCUAGCACAGACUAAGCAUUGAACAUAAUAGGCCCACAUAGAUUAUUUCCUUUUUCUUAAUAUUAAAGAAUUCUGUACUUGAAAUUGGUUAUUCUUAGGUACAGGUAGUCUCUUUGAAGCUUUACAGUGUAAACUGUCUUGACCCUUCAUCUUCUUGUUGCAGCUGGGUCUGACAUGAACACUUUUUAUCACCCUGUAUGAUAGGGCAAAAUUUCAGCAUCAAGUAUAAUCAACACUUAGCCAUGCUCAGAAAAUUCAAAUCACAUGGAACUUCAAAGGUAUAUUUAAUAGCAUUAAGAUAUUCAGAAGUAUAUUUUAAAAUUCCUGACUGUAAAGGAAACUUGGUUUUGAUGGGUACAGUUCUGGGGUACAUGUUAAGUACCCCCUUAUACAAGGGAGGGAAGUCCUUCCUGAAGGAAAAUAAACUGACACUUAUUAACUAAGGUAAUUUACUUAAUACAUCCUGAUUUGUUCUGAAAGAUCAGAGGGUGACUGGUGAUACAUGUACACAUAUUUGUUAAAUAAAUAAUUUAUUUUUAGUGAUAAUCAUAAACUCUAUUUGGGGAAGGGAAAAGAUUUUUAAGCAUGGUGGGGCACUCAGAAGAGGAGGUAGGAGUAAACCUACCUGGUGCCUUGAAAAUCACAUCAAGUACUUAAUUAUCUACCCCUCACCUGUGGUUAUAACUUACAGGUAAUGAAGAUGAUUUUUUUAAAGCUAAAAUGCCAGUUAAGUGCUAUGACUUGAGCUAAGGUAUUUGACUCCAAUGCCUAUACUGUGUGUACUGCACCACUUUGUAAACACCUCAGUUUACUAUCUUUGAAAUAAUUGACAUUUAAAUUUUUGCCAAAUGUUAUCUGAAAUUGUCUAUGAAUACUAUCUAUUUCUGUUGUUCUCCAAGGCUUCCAUAAACAAUGGAGAUACAUGCA